AUGUGGAUUAAUUGUGGCAAACUGUCUGACUUUACUCAGGCCAGAUAUGUGGUCCGGCUGGAUACAGGCAAGAAACUUGUAUUGUUUCGCCUACCGACAAUUGACCAAUCUAAUCUGAAAGUCAACGAGACCAGCGAUGGCUGGUCCUACUACGCCAUGGAAGCGGAAUGCCCGCAUGCCGGCGGACCCAUGGCAGACUCCUCGGUCGAUAUUGAGGAUUCCGCAUAUGUCGUGUCUUGCCCGUGGCACGCCUACGAUUUCAACGUAGAGACCGGAGAGUCGAGCGUCGGCAUCAAAGCCUGUACUUUCCCGGUCGAUGUGCGGGGCGAGUUUGUUUCACUCGAUUUCCCGACCGAGGAGGGGUGCACUGUCUCGCUUGCCAGCGUCGACCCUGUCAGUGAAAAGGUCAAACUCAAGCAUCCGCGGCCUGUGGAGAAUCCUACCACUACGCCUAUUAGCCGCGAAGAACCCGGCACGGCGAAGUAUCUUAAUGACGACGCGACGCUAUGCGACUGGGCCGCUCACAUUUUGAAUACUGCUAAUCCCGAGCACAAGAUUGAACUGGCUACACAUCUUUUCUCCAUUUUCACAGCUAGAGAAGGCACAGACUCGCCCAUGCCACUGGGCAGAGGCACUGUUCUCCCGCCCGACCAGCCGCCGCGUGAGAAAAUGGAAACCGUGACCCCAGGGCAAAUGCCCAAAGCAGGACGGGGUGGCACCCUGAAGAGCCGGAUCGCCAUGCUGCACGCACUAGCCAACAUCGAGCUGUGGGCCAUCGAUCUAGCAAUCGAUAUCUGCAUUCGAUUCGCGACCUUUCAAACAGAAGGUACCUCGCAAGAGCUACCGCGCGCGUUCUUCCACGACUGGCUGAAGGUCGCAAGCGACGAGGCCAAGCACUUCUCUCUCCUCCGCACCCGACUAGAGGAAAUGGGCGCUGCUUUCGGCUCGCUGCCAGUCCAUCACAGUCUUUGGCAAUCGGCAACGGAAACAGCGUACGACCUGCGCGCCAGAAUCAGCAUUAUCGCACUGGUGCACGAGGCCCGCGGUCUGGACGUCAACCCCAUGACUAUUGCGAAGUUCCGCAAGGCCGGCGACGCAGAGAGCGUGGAGGCACUGGAGGUCAUUCACAACGAUGAGAUCACGCAUGUCACCACCGGACACCGGUGGCUGACGUGGAUCUGUGACCAAGAAGGAACGGACCCCGUUCAGGUCUUCCGGGCGAAUGUGAAGAAGCAUUUCAGCGGCCCGAUCCGGGGGCCGUUCAACGAGGAGGCUCGCCUGCAGGCGGGCAUGGAUAAGCGCUAUUACGAUAACCCCGGUGGCCCGAGCCCGGGGAUUAUGGCUUCAUGA